AUGUGGCUCUCCACGGGGACACUUCCCCUUCUCCUCCUCCUCUCCUUCGUCUCCCUCGCCCUCUCCCAAUCCAUCACCACCGACCUCUUCUACUGGCCGCUCUCCGCCCCGAAACCCGCCCUCCUCGCCCGCAUCGCCUACGAUCCCACCUCCCUGAAGCCCGAACUCCUCUCCUACACGCCUCCCCCCGUGUCCGAAGACCUCCCCGACAACCAGAUCGUCCGCGUCGGCCUGUACACCUCCACCCCCGCCAGCCCCAACCAAUGGGUCGGCUCGCUGACCUCCCUGGCCGCCCUGCGCGAACAUGACGCCCCCAUUCUCCAGCUGCAUCUGGGGCCCUCCAAGGAGGUCUACCAUGUCGCUGUGAUGUCUGCCAAUGUCUCGACGACAAGCCCGUCGUCGUCAAGUCCCAUUGUCGAGCUGGUUGGCCCCGAGACGGGGCCGCGCCCGCAUCUCAAUCGUCCUGUGGUUGUUGGGCCCGACGGUGCCAAUCCGGAUGAACCGGUUGAGAAGACCUUUUUCCAGAAGUACUGGUGGAUUAUCCUCAUCGUGACGUUCCUGGCUAUGUCUGGUGGCGGAGAGGGACAGUGA